AAGUUGGGUUCGGUGGGCAGACGCAAGAGGCAGGACCACUGAGGGCCCAACCAUGAAGAGGGAAUUCAAGAGCAAGGCGUUCUGGAGGGCCGUGCUGGCCGAACUGGUGGGCAUGACCCUCUUCAUAUUCCUCAGUAUCACCGCCGCCGUCGGCAACAUCAACAACAACAACCCGGACCAGGAGGUGAAGGUGGCGCUGGCCUUCGGCCUUUCCAUCGCCACGCUGGCUCAAACCCUGGGCCACAUCAGCGGGGCUCACCUGAACCCAGCCGUCACCCUGGGCAUGCUGGCCAGCUGUCAGAUCAGCGUCUUCAAGGCAGUCAUGUACAUCGUGGCCCAGAUGCUGGGGGCCGCUGUGGCCAGCGGCAUUGUGUACGGGGUGAUACCGGCAUCAUCCAACGCUCUGGGGCUCAACACCCUAAACAACAUCACCCCGAGUCAAGGCAUUGGGGUUGAGCUGUUGGCCACCUUCCAGCUGGUCCUCUGUGUCAUAGCAACUACAGAUAAAAGGAGGCGUGACGUCAUAGGUUCCGUCCCCCUGGCCAUCGGCCUCUCGGUGUGCCUGGGGCACCUGGCAGCUAUCAGCUUCACUGGGUGUGGCAUCAACCCGGCCCGUUCCUUCGGCCCCGCUGUCAUUCUGAACAACUUUGAAAACCACUGGGUGUACUGGGUGGGCCCCAUGUGUGGAGGUGUUGCGGCUGCCCUAGUGUACAACUUCCUGCUGUACCCCAGACUCGACGAUUUCCCCGACCGCAUGAAGGUUCUGCUCAGCGGCCCGGACGGCGACUACGAUGUCAACGGGCCAGACGACACCACGGCAGUUGAGAUGUCGUCCAAGUAACGGAACUGGACUCUGAGACACUAUGUACAGAACCCCAGGGACACAUAUCUGUCCACCUGUAAAGUCUUUACCUCUCGUUUGAAAAGAAUAGCUUUUAACAUCACCCUACCCACGGUAAAGUGGUCACAUAUAAAAGACAGCCCCUUCAUUCUACCUGCUCAAAAUACCUUUACUUUUAAGAACUAAGUAACUUUAUUUUUCCAAAACUAUUGUUAGUAAAAACAAAUAUUACAUAUCUCAAGUGUGCACUUUUUAUAUUUUGGGAGGAAUUGAUAAGAAGUUUCCCUGAUUUUAAUCAGUAUUUUAGUUUUUUAGUUUUUUCUUCUGAAAUACAUGUUUUUGUAAAUGAGUGUGUAAUUACAUUUCAGAAUAU